UUACUAGUAUUUUUAUGUCUACAGUCAAAAUCAGCAGUUUUUUUGUUAACAGAUAUUGAUGAAUGAAUCAUCGUCAGCUCCUGAACUUGAAUACCAAACAGAGAUCCUCAUCUGCCAAAUAUCAGCAACUAUUAUCACUUUAUUCGGCCUAGUCGGAAACACAUUCGCAUAUCUCACAGCUGACAACUUCCCCCAGAAAACAUCGGGUCAGAAUUUCAUCAAAUGUCUGGCUGUUAGUGACGUCGUUGCUGGGUUCCAGGAUGGAAUCAUGGAGGCGAUGUUGGCAAUGUUCGGCUUCAAUUUCUUUGCACUGCAUCCGAUGUUGUGUCGAUUUUUGGGAUGGUUCACGUAUUUUUCAUCAAGUGCAGCCGGAUUCGUUCUUCUCGCCGCCGCAAUUGACAGACUAAUUGCAAUAUCAAAACCCAUCUGGUACCAACAGAACUCCAAACCCCCCAGAGCCACCAGAACAUCAGUCAUAAUCUGGGUUGUAGUGGGACUAUGCAUGCUGCCUAACUUCUUCGAGUACGAUUUGAACGGGGUGUAUUGUAAUUUCGAUCAGGGCAACCCGUGGUCUUUUCUUACCAAGUGGCAGUUUGGACUCUAUUAUGAGAUCAUCUUUUUUGGAGGCUUCAUCAUUCCACCGGUUGUGAUGGUGUUUGUGAAUGUGGGCAUCGUGUGGCAGUUGAGAGUGAAAGCAUCUUCAGUGUCUAAGAGAGACAGGGAGGUGACUGUGUCUCUGAUUGUGGUCUCCCUCUGUUUCUGUCUCUGUCUGGGGGGACUGGGCAUCCUGGCCAGACUCAGUCUACAUCUGGGCAAAACAAACCCAAGGGGGGCUAACUUGGUCAACUACAUCAGGAAAUUACCAGCGGUGAUGAACAACUCGAUGAACUUCUACGCGUACUUUGCGGCCAGUCGAUUCUUCAGGGAGACUUUCUUCGGGUUAAUUGGGAGACAAAACUAUCGGGCUAGAAGAAGAUCAUCCCAGUCUGUGCCCAAAGGCAACUAUGUCAAGUCACGUGUCUCUCAUGCACUGAUGGAAUCCAGGCAAUGAUGACGCCUGUGUCAAAGUGCUUGACUUAUGCUCAGAGCUUCGAACAAAAAGCAGACGAUAGUGAUAUGAAGCAGUUUUCCUUUAGAAAUUACCAACUCACCCGAUGUAGAAUUUAAU